AUGAAGAUCCAGAUCACUCUGAUUGCUGCAGCCAUCCUCACCAUUGCUGGUGUCCAGGCUUUGCCGAUUAACCCUGAGGCUAUCAAUCCCCGUAUGCGUCUCCCAGUCAUGGACCUCAAGGAGGCUAUCAAUCCUCGUAUGCGUCUUCCAGUCAUGGAAAUGGAGGAAGCUGUUGGUCCUCGUAUGAGUCUCCCAGUGAUGAAAAUGGAGGAAGAAGCCGUCGGCCCUCGCAUGCGACUCCCUGUCAUGGACCUCAAGGAGGCCAUCAAUCCCCGCAUGCGCCUUCCAGUGAUGGAAAUGGAGGAAGCCGUUGGUCCUCGUAUGAGUCUCCCAGUGAUGGAAAUGGAGGAAGCUGUUGGUCCUCGUAUGAGUCUCCCAGUGAUGGAAAUGGAGGAAGCUGUUGGUCCUCGUAUGAGUCUCCCAGUCAUGGAAAUGGAGGAAGAAGCCGUCGGUCCUCGCAUGCGCCUUCCAGUGAUGGAAAUGGAGGAAGCCGUUGGUCCUCGUAUGAGUCUCCCAGUCAUGGAAAUGGAGGAAGAAGCCGUCGGUCCUCGCAUGCGUCUCCCAGUGAUGGGCCUCAAAGAAGCCAUUAAUCCCCGCAUGCGUCUUCCCGUCAUGGAUCUCGAGGACAACUAA